UAACUUUCCAGAUUUUGGAAAUAUGAAAAACCCAGUGUCAGAAAAAUCUUUUGUACCAUCCUAGAUUGUGAUGAUUCAUCUCAGAUAAAUGUCACCGGACCACUAUUUAAUCAUACUUUUCCUAGAAAUCUUCCAAAGCCUCUUUGACUCUCUUUUCUUUUCUUUUUUUCUCCCCACUUUUUUCUCUGUUCACUCCCUUUUCUCUUCUACUGUCCCUUUCUUGAAGAGUGAAGCAGUAUUGUCUGCUGUCCCUUUGCAAGUUUUCUUUUUUCCCCUUUCGGUUUCUGCUUAUUCCUUGUUUUGGGGCCUGAUUUCUUCAUCAUACCUAUGAUGGGCACUAAUUCAAUCUCAAGAAUUUCUUGUCUUCAGUGUCGGAAUUUCAGCUCCAGCUCUGACCAUUUUAGAAAUGGUUGGCGCCUUCGCAGCGGCGACUUUGCUCAGCUCUGUCCCCGUUGCGCUUCUAUUUAUGAAGAUGGCAAGUUCUGUGAUACAUUCCAUUCAGGCCACGAGGGUUGGAGGGAUUGUGAAUCUUGUGGCAGGUUGGUUCAUUGUGGAUGUAUUGUGUCAUUUAACACAUAUAUGCUGUUGGAUUCUGGUGGAAUAAUCUGCAUGGGGUGCUCAAGAAUUAAUUUUGCUCAGGCACGCAAUAGAUCCCUGCCUUUAGAAAUACAGCAAGGCCUCCAUGGACAAUCUGGCAUAGAAACUCAAUACAGGCCUCAUUGCACUGACUCAGAAUUGCAACAGAUAUCGAGAAACUCCGAAUCUGUGGUCACUCCUUUGUUUGAAAAACAGUUGUCCAAGACUGACGUUGACAUGAAACUUUCGCGUCUAGUAUUACCCAAGAGGUGUGCAGAGGCUUUCUUCCCUGAUAUAAAUGAUCCACGUGGAUUUCCAAUCAGAUUCCAUGAUGUGGAAGGAAAAGAAUGGGAAUUUAAUUACCGCUAUUGGAUAAAUGCUGGCAGUAAGAUGUAUAUUCUCGAAGGACUCAAAGAAUUUAUGGUUUCGAAGAGAUGGGAAGCAGGUGAUACAGUUACCUUUUUUAGGGUGGACCCUGAGGGAAUCUUUGUCAUUGGACUGAGGAAGGGUUCUGUUAAUCAGCCACCAAAUGAGAAUUCCGAGCUGAAAGGCACACUUGGUUCUUAGCUGAGCUCUCCUGUCUGGACUCAAGCAGAUGAUUCAUCAACCCGUUGACCGAGUUUGUGUUCCAAAAUGUUCAUGUAGAAUUUGGAGUUCUGGGGCCAGUUAGAAUAUGUGGCCAAAUGUGUGCAGACGUGAACGUCGACAGACUGUUAUUUUGUCAUUUCAAGUUACUUGCUGGGACUAGUUUAUUACAGUUAUACUAGAAAUUUCCUCCUUUUUUUUUUUUUUUUUUCCAUUUCAUAGAAAAAUAGGGCACAGUGUGGAGGUUAAUUAAUCUGUCUCAUGAUUACAUCAUCGUCUCAACUAGUUGCUAAACCCGUUCAAUGCACGGGGUUUGUGCAUAAUUUUGUAUGAGUUACAUAUUUAAAAUAUAAUAAAAUUGUGAAACAAAAGGGUAAUAAGUA